CUAACUCCUACUUCUAUCAGUAUGAACAUUAAUAUUUUGUUUGUUUUGAUGUGAUCUAGCUCUCAGCGGUUCAUGGGAUUCAGUCUGCGUUUGAUGAGGCGAUGUCUUUCUGCAGAUACCACCCAUCCAAAGGGUACUGGUGGCACUUUAAAGAGCAGGAGGAGAGAGAAAGGGUAAAGCCUAAAUCUAAGCGGAAAGAGGAGCCGAGUUCUUUGUUCCAAAGGCAGAGAGUUGACACGCUGCUACUGGACCUGCGCAAUAAAUUUCCCCCAACUUUCUAUCAGUCCAAACCAGGAGAGAAGCCUGUCCCAGUGGAGGUAAAGAAAGAACCUGAAGUGCCAGUUGAGACAGUGAAGCCUCCAGAAGAGCGAGAAACAAAGCCUGCGGCCCCUCAAACAAAGCCUGCGGCCCCCCAAACUACACCCAACAAACCACCACCUGAGAAACGUGCACGCCUACAGUGACACACAUGCUGGUUAGCCACAAACAACUGUAACGUUGCAGGACUUAUGUGGGCAGUUCUCUGCACCAGCUAACCAAGGGUGGACAUUUACGAUUAUUGUAUAUAAAUGCUUUUUCUUUAUAAUUUAAUACUUUUUGUAAUAAGGAAACUGAAAUGUCUUUAUUUCAUCUUAAUGUCAUUUUCUAUAUUUCUGUAUUACUGAGUUGUAGUAUUAUGCAAUUCUGUCACUCACAGUAAAAAAUACACGUCUUU